AUGGUUGUUUUUCAAGCAAGUCCGUUGAAUAUAACUAUCUUGAUUGGUACUUCUCCGAUGGAUAUUAUCCAAUUUUGGAUAAACCAACCCGACCAAGGAAUCAUGCUCAAUCUGGGUUCAUGCUUCUUGUGGAAUAUUUGGAAAACACGAAAUGACAAAGUUUUCAACAACAUACAGUCGUCAGUGCAGCCCUAUGUUCAUAAAGCCCUACAAGAUUUUAAGAAUUUUGAUUUGCACCAUGUUCUAAACUACUGCUCUUCAGUCCAUAUUCAAUAUCAAACUACAAUUCAGUGGAAACCUCCACCACCUUAUCACAUCAAGAUAAAUGUGGAUGCAGCAUAUUCAGAUGGAAAAGGUGCAGCAGCAGCAAUAGCAGCGGACUCGGCUGGUAGUCAUCUUGGAAGUGGAGCUUUAUAUUUUGAUUCCUUCUCAUUGAUGGUUGCAGAGGAAAAAGAUUAUGGUCUAGGCUCUCAAUUGGCAAGAAGAAUUCAAGGCUCAAGAAUAAUAAUUGAAGGGGAUGCAGAAGACAUUCCUAAAGCUAUUACAGGGAAUAAGAAUGAUAUUCCAUGGAGUAUACAUUCCACUAUUCUCUCUAUUCAAGAUGGCGUCAAGGAUUUCAGUGAAAUCAUAUUUACAGCUGCUCCUAGAGACGGAAACUCAAUUGCUCAAGAUUUUGUUCAAUUUGCAAUUUCUAAUUUUCAAAACAGAUGGUGGUCUCAUGAUGAUCCACCUUUUUGUAUUAUGCAACGUCUUAAUUUCUUUGAGGAUUAA